UAUCCCUUCUGAUCGAUAUUUGAACUUCCAGAAUACAGCGCGAUUUAGCUUGUAGAUAACGAAAUCCAGAAAUAUUCAGACAGAUAACACACUGCCAUGCAACAAAUCGACGUGAAUCAAAGUACGCAAAACAAUUUUGUAAUAUUACAAUUGAAAUACACCGUUUUCUGAGUGCCUUGACCUCUUGAGGAUCGUCUUACCGAGAUUGGAAAGUGGAAUCUUCCGGUAUCUUAGUUUCGUUCCUCUUUUUGUACAGAACAGUGUUAUUAUUUGUUGGUAAUGGCGAAAGAUGGGCAGCCUUGUUUCCUGGGGCUAGAUUUGAGCACACAGCAGCUCAAAGCAGUCGUUGUCAACGAUGAACUGGAAACCCUACACGAAGAAACUGUUAAUUUCGAUACAGAAUUACCCGAGUACAGAACAAAUGGGGGUGUUAACAUCCAGAAAAUGAAUCCUGGUCAAGCGACAGCCAGAACCGUUAUGUGGGUCAAGGCUCUGGAUCUCCUAAUGGAUAAGUUGAUAGUUGCCAGUGUUGACUUUUCGAAAAUCGUUGCUAUUUCUGGCACAGCACAACAACAUGGAUCCGUUUACUGGCAAAAUGGAGCACAAGAAACCCUGGGCAACUUGGAUCCAUCUAAUUUUCUGCAUGCUCAAUUGGCCACAAGCUUCUCCAUACCAGACAGUCCGACUUGGAUGGACUCUACCACCAAAUCUGAGUGCCAAGCAUUCGAGGAGGCAGUUGGAGGACCAGAAAAACUAGCGAUGAUCACUGGUUCACGUGUAUACGAGAGGUUUACUGGUCCCCAAAUAGCUAAAAUUAGUCAGCAGAACCCUGGAGCUUACAGAAACACUGAGAGAAUAUCACUAGUGAGCAGCUUCCUUGCAUCACUGUUUUUAGGCCGUAUAGCACCAAUAGAUUAUAGUGAUGCCUCUGGAAUGAAUCUUAUGGAUCUCAGGACUAAGAAAUGGCAUCCAGAUUUACUCAAACUUUGUGGUCCAAACGCGGCACAAAAAUUGGGUGAUCCAGUACCUUCCUGUUCCUGUCUAGGAAUGAUAUCUUCAUAUUUUGUCGAGAGAUAUGGUUUUGAUAAAGAAUGCAAAGUAGUGGCCUUCAGUGGUGAUAAUCCAUCAUCACUUAUAGGAAUGGGUAUAAGGAAUGAUUGGCUAGGGGUAAGCUUAGGAACCAGUGAUACAUUAUUUCUAUGGCUGACGGAACCGAAACCAGUGCUGAACGGGCAUAUUUUAUGCAAUCCCCUAGAUUCUAAUGCUUACAUGGCAAUGCUUUGUUUCAAAAAUGGAUCUCUAGCCAGAGAAAGGAUAAGGAAUAAAUAUGCAGAAAAAUCCUGGGAUAAAUUCAACGAAUUGUUGGAAAGCACACCAAGGGGAAAUUUUGGAUACAUAGGUCUCUACUUCGACGAUCUAGAAAUUCUGCCUCCAGCUUUAGGUGAAAAGAGAUACAAUAAAGAAUGUCAACUGUUAUCCAAGUUUUCCAGUAGAGAAAUUGAGAUAAGAGCAGCUGUGGAAGGGCAAUUUCUGUUGAGGAGAUUAUAUUCAGAAAGAAUUGGCUUUAAAAUAGGAGAAGGUACAAAAAUUCUGGCAACUGGUGGAGCAUCUUCGAACAAGUCACUUCUCCAAGUACUCUCUGACACAUUUGGCUCCCCUGUUUACACACAAAAAAACCUGAAUUCAGCAAUGAUUGGUGCCGCGUAUCAAGCAAUACUAGGAUACACAAGAGAGAAGAAGGAAACAGUGUCUCUUCCAGAGCCUCUCACACCAAAACUAGUUUGUGAACCUUAUAGAGAUUCCGAAGAAAUUUACGGACCUAUGGUUCAAAAUCUGAAAAAUAUCGUGACCAGGGAUUUUGAGUGAUCCAAAAACGUGAUAUUAAUUUAGAACUGAUUCGAAAUACACUAAUUAUUUAUUAACAAUAAAUUCAGAUGUUCUUCUUGUGUUGUUAAGUUCGUUUAUUUGUCUUGUACCACUUGAUUAAAAACUGUUAACGUUA